AACCUAGAAACCUAUAAAUACCUGCGCCGAUUAUCUACUCGGUGAGAGCAGUGGAAGCUACUACGAAUCGAAGAUGAACAAGAGCCAUGGAAGCAAAUUGGAACCGACGAUUCAUAUCUUCGUGAAGUCAGAUAACAAGAUCAUGGGUUUCGACGUCAAGGAAAGCGACACCGUCUGCGAUCUCAAGCGCAUGAUCCACGAAAGAGAUCACAUUCUCCUGCCGGAUCGUCAGAUUUUGUUACGCUCCAGUAGGGAGAUCGAAGAUCAUCGUCCCUUGGCGGACUACAGAAUCCAUAGAGACGCUACAAUUCACGUUCAUAUGAGGUUUAGAAGAACUGAGCCAUGUACGUUCUGCCGCAUGGAUUUGAUGAAGAAGGAGGGUAGUGGAAGGAAAGAAGAACCGAAGAUAGAAAUCUUCGUGAAUUCCCCAUCUUCCAAGAUCUUGGCUUUCGAGGUCAAGGGCAGCGACACCAUCUACGCUCUCAAGUGCAUGAUCUAUGGAAGAGACUUUAUCCCACCGCAUGAGCAGCGUUUGACCUUCAGCACAAAGUGGCUUGAAGAUCAUCUUACCAUGGCCGACUGCGGAGUCCUUCAACAUUCCACGUUUCAAGUUCUUUUGAGGCUUAGAGGUUGUGUCACUGAGCCAUGUUUCAUGUCACCGGCUCAUAGCUACAAUCAAGACAAGACGAUCGGCCGCAAGGAUUUGAUGAAGAAGGAGAACAGUGGAAGGAAAGAGGAACCGAAGAUAAAGAUCUUCGUGAAUUCCCUAUCUUCCAAGAUCAUGACUUUCGAGGUCAAGGGCAGCGACACCAUCUAUGCUCUCAAGUGCAUGAUCUAUGGAAGAGACUUUAUCCCGGUACAUGAGCAGCGGUUGACCUUCAGCACAAAGUGGCUCGAAGAUCAUCUUACCAUGGCCCACUACAGAGUCCAUCGAGAUUCUACGUUUCGAGUUCUUUUGAGGCUUAGAAGUUGUGACCCUGGGUCAUGUUUCAUGUCACCGGCUCAUAGCUACAAUCAAGACAAGACGAUCGGCCGCGAAAGGAUUUGAUGCAACUGUGACGAUGAUAAACCCUUUAAAGAAGAAGAGGGCUGAACCAGAGGAAGGUACACAGGGGUCUCCAGAUGAGGAGGAGUAGGUAAUGCAGAAAAGGGGAGAAGCAGAGGAAUAAUGCUGUGGGUAUUUUCUGUUAUUAAGGAAUCACGUAGGUGUUGGUAUUUUGUGGGGGUGGGGUGGGCCUAUAUCUAUUAGGUUUUCUCUUUUGGGUGGGUCUUGAGUCUUGUGUGAGGAAGAGAGGGUUUGCCUCUUGGUAAAAUACAAUUGGUAUUUUAUACAUUUAUUCUAUCUAUAUCCUAACAGACGAUGUUUCUUUGUUCAUUUCGUUGUUGGAUGUUUGGUGUGGGAUCUGUAUCAAAGGGACAGAGAGACAUGUCAUGAAAAUUUCUUGUUCCAUGAAGUUAUUGCCAA